CAUGAUGUUCUCUUCUCAGAUGGCAGGAGGAAUCUUCACCAACUUGGGCAACCUGUGUAAUGUGGAUUGUGCUAAUGUCCACCCCUUGGUGUGUCACCUGUGCCGUGAGCAGUACCAGUCUCCAUGUUUAUUGGACUGCUACCACAUCUUCUGUGCCCGUUGCCUGCGAGGUCGGACCAAUGACAGCCGCCUCAGCUGCCCCCUCUGUGGAUACCCAUCAACAGUGAAAGGUAAUAAUGCCCUUCCACCAGAGGACCGUCUGCUGAAGUUCCUAGUGGACAACAAUGCUGAUACUGAGGAGAUAGUGCAGUGUGCCAACUGUGACCAGGAAAGUAACAAAAAGGACACAGGGUUGAUGUACUACUGUAACACUUGUAACCAGCCGCUGUGUGCUGCCUGCAGGGAACUGACACACAAGGCCAGAAUGUUUUCCCACCAUGAGAUUGUGUCUCUGGCCAAACGCACCAAAGCCAAACACAGGAAAUGCUCUCUCCAUGAAGAGCCCUAUAUCCUUUUCUCAACGGAGAAUAAGUCUAUGCUCUGCAUCAAAUGCUUCAGAGACAUGCAAGUGGAGAGUCGGACUCACUGCAUUGAUAUUGAAACAGCGUACUCUCAGGGCUGUGAGAUGUUGGACCAGGCGGUGCUGGUGGUUAAGGAGCUGCAAACUUCAACCGGAGAGGCGAUCCUUCUGCUGAGAGCGAUGAUCGGAGAAGUGUGUCUAAAUGUGGAGGAAGAAGAGAAUGCAAUCUGUAGUCUGUUCAACAGUUUGCAGGAAAAAUUAGCAGAGAGGAAGAAGAUUCUGUUGAAAGCAGCUCAGAGUCAACACGAAGAGAAGGAGAAAGCACUAAAGGAGCAGCUGUCACACCUUACUGCCCUCCUACCAACCCUGCAGGUCCACCUCGUCACCUGCUCGGCCUUCCUCAGCUCAGCCAACAAGUUUGAGUUUUUGGAUAUGGGCUAUCAACUCAUGGAGAGGCUGAAGAGGAUUGUAAAGCUCCCUCAUCGACUGAGACCAGUGCAGAGCAGCAAAAUCAAUACAGAGUACAGAAGUGAGUUUGCCCGUUGCCUGGAGCCUCUGCUGCUGAUUGGACAGCGCUGCCCUCCUUGUGUUGCCGGGUCCACAAGUGUGGCAACAAGGCUGCAGUCCCCUCUCUCUAUAUCUUGUCGCUCCCCGUCUCUCAGCGAAAUGCCUCUGGGUUCGGUGUAUGGGCGACGGCCCACGUCUCACCGCAACAUCUGCACCAAGGUCCUGCUGGCCGAGGGCAGGGAAACACCCUUCACCGAGCACUGCCGCAACUAUGAGAACACCUACAGGAAUCUGCAAACAGAGAUUCAGAAUCUGAAGGACCAGGUCCAGGAGCUGCACAGAGAUCUGACCAAGCACCACUCCAUCAUCAACACAGAUAAAAUGGGAGAGAUCCUGGAUAGAUCGCUGCACAUCGACAGUCAGAUAGCUUCCCAGUACUCCACUGUGGAAACUAUGAGAGUCAUGUUUGAAGAGAUCUGGGAUGAGACUUUUCAGAGGGUCACUAACGAACAGGAGAUCUAUGAAGCGCAGCUUCAUGACCUGAUGCAGCUGAAGCAAGAGAACACUUACCUGACCACGAUCGCCAGACAGAUCGGCCCCUACAUCCUGUCUAUUGCCAAAGUCAAAGAGAGACUUGAGCCCAGGCUUCAGGAGUCGAAAGAGCACCUCGAUGACCGCACCGAAACAAUGCUGAAAAUCUAUGACGACGGCACACUAGCAAAGGAAAGUCGAGACAGUGACAACCUGAAUUGUGUCACAGACCAAGACAGAGACAAGGAGAGCCGCCCGCUGACGCUCGAGUCAGGGGAGAGCUCUGUCAAGACCAGUCGGUCAGGCAAGGAGCAGAGGGGCCCCACAGAGACAUCCAGCAACAAUGAGAUGCCUUCAUAAACACUGUGUCAUUUGAUUUCCUCCCUCCCUGCCCCCCCAGCACUGCGAUAUGCCUUAAUUCAGCUAUAACAAGCCCGGCGUGGUAUGCGACUUCCUUGGCUGUCCACAUACAGUACAUAGCAUCUCCCCAGCAGCAGGGAGCUGUCAACAGCUCUGAGGUGAGCCUUUGGAUUGACACUAACUGGAUGUAGACAGAGGCCAAAGACUCGCAGCUGUCAGUGCCUGAUGUAGACAAUCUCGUUGUUCAAAGUGGACAACAAUAACAGCAUCUUCAAUAGUUGCUUUGGUGUUAUUUAAACCGCCUUGACGGGAGACCAGAGUGAAUAAUAUGUGACUUCUGUGGAUUGCCUUUUGUGGUUCUCUUUGUGUUUUGGCUGUUAAAAUGAUAAGUAUGCUGAG